ACGAAGAACAGAUCAUAGAGACAGAGACAGAGAACGCACGCCCAGGGAUAUACAAGCAGUGUUCACCCAAUCACCGUCACCUGCUCUUCCUAUCUCUUCCAAAUGUGAUAUCAAGAUGGCGGGGAGUCUUCAAGGCCACAAACGAGAAGCAGGCGAGGAGGCCUCGAGCUUCCUGGCCUCGCUUGACCAUGCACUGGAAAGUCGAGCAGUGAGUUGGUUACAGGCAGUGGAGUCUCUGACCGGAAAUCAAAACACCGAAUCUCCAGGUCACGGGGACAGCGAGUCCACCGAAGGGACGAACAUUCACAAUAACAGUACCCAGCAAAGUGAGCACAACACCGGAGAUUGUGACGGGAACAACACUGCCGGUGACAGCCGAUCCUUGGGCUCUGAAAAGGACUGUGUUGGUAAGAACUUCCUCUCCCCAUCCUUCAUCCCACAUCCACCCUUGACCUUCCCUGAUGGUUAGCGAGAUGGGCCGUCUUCACCCAGCAAUUCUAUUAGCCCCUGGGGAGCCAGCUGCAGACGAUUCAGAAGAUGAUGUCUCAGUUGACCAGGUAACUCGCACUGAGGCAAUCAGUUUGAUCCGCGAGAGAACCGCUACUCGUUCAUCUCACACCCCAAGCCCAGCAUUGACGCAGUCCCCUUCUACACCCGAACCUGCAUCCUCUACUAAUCCUCCUUGUGUUGUUGAAGCUGUGGACGUUACUACUCCAGCCGAGCUGAGCCCUUCGCCAGCGACAAAAGAUCAAUCAUCGAAGCAGCCACAGAGCUCAUCUGUCCAUUCGUCACCCGGAGGAGAUCAAGCUUCUGAGAAGCUUUCGUGCGCGCCUGUUCCUUCAUCAAACCCAGAAGACCAAUCCCCUGCACAGCCACAAAGCUCACCUACCCCAUCGUCAUCUGAAAACAGAAGUGCUGGGAAUAAGUCUUCUGAGAAGCUCUCGAGCGUGCCUGUUGCUUCACUGAACCCAAAAGACCAAUCCCCUGAGCAGCCUAAGAGCUCACUUAUCCCAACUUCAACUGAAAGCAAACCUGCUGAAGCUCAGCCUUCCGAGCAGCACUCGAGCGUGCCUAUUCUUUUAUCACACCCAGAAGAUCAAUCCUCUCAGCAGGCACAGGGCCCAACUCUCCCAACACCAGCCGAAGAUAAACCUGCUGAGGAUAAACCUUCUGCACGACCUUCGACCUCACCUCAUCCCCUUUCGCCUCCAAAAUGCCAAUCCCCUGAGCAGCCAGAAAGCCUAGCUGCCACUUCACCAGCCAAAGACAAGCCUGCUGAGAAUCAUUUGGCACAGUCAUCAAGCCAGUCUGAACCUCCUUCGACGCCCAAGAACCAGUCCUCUGAGCAGCCACAGAUCUCACCUAUCCCAGCACCAGUCGAAGGCAAGCCAGCCGAAGACAAGCCAGCUGAGGAUCAAGCUUCUGCACAACCUUCAAGCCCACCCCAACCUCCAUCCACCGCGGAAGACCAAUCCCCCAGUGAGCCAGAGAAGCCAGCGGCCCCAAAGAUGAAUCCCGCGCAGGCGUCCAAGAAGAGCAAGAAGAAGAAGAAGGGCAAGAAGAAGAACCAAAGAAAGAGGGCGAGCGCAGCGGCAGCGGAGGCAAAAGCCACCACUGAAUCCGCGAAUCUCUCCACCAGCGGACAGAGUAAGACCCCAGACACCAAACCAGCGCCGGCCAAAUCUGAGACAACUCAUGUAUCGACAAAGAAAGGAGGUGAGAGCUCGAGUAGCAGCAGUGGACACGAGGGGAAAGCCUUGCCUUCGGCAUCGUCGUCGACGACAACUGCCAAAGUGUCUACCGCAAGCAACAGUAACAACAGCAAGCCAGACAGUAAGGUCGCUGGUGCCAAGAGCGCUGCUGAUGCUGAAGCCGCGGAUAGACAGGCGAAGCUCCUGGCGAUCCAGGCGGCCAUCGAUAGACUGAAUACCCAGGAUAUAUCCCAUUUUGAUCCAUUCAGAGGUCGGGGUCCAUUCGGUACGUCUCAGCCUUCUUCCAACAGUUCCCUCUCGUAUGCGAGAGCCUUGGCAGGGGGUACAGUGAAGGUCAGCGAACUUAGCGGGAUACCUUCUGGUGCGAGCGAGUCUGCAAAAGCAGAGGCUGCAACUGAGAAAGGCCCAACCCAGACAUCCGACGAGAAGCCAAGCGGUUGUCCACCGAGCCACGCCGAGCCAAGCACGCCCCAAAGCGCCAUAUCAAGCAGAUCCAAACUCUCGCCCAUCCAGGAGGCCACCGCCGAAGCGCACCAGCCGGACACCAAGCCCGCCACCGACGCGGAAGGGGAUGCGCACAAUCUGACCCCGAAGUCGACCAGCACGACAUCCACGGCGUGGACGAUCAGCCAGACACCGCAGACAGCCGUGACCUCGGAGCCAUCGACCACGAAGACGACGGACACGCGCCCGAAGCACAGCAGCGGAAGCACCACCGGCGCCAGACUACCACCAUCAUCGUCGUCCUCCCAUGCCCAGGUAACCAGCAGCCACGCGCACCCGUCGCCGCCCCCAAGCACCAGCAGCAGCAGCAGUGUCACCACCACCACUACAAGCCGUGCACAGCCCGCCGCAUCAACCUCCACAACCCCCUCGCAAUACCAGCAACAGAUCUCCAACGCGCGCGGCGGGAGGCUCUCGACACAGAAACCGGGGGGCUUCUUCUGGCAGCUAGACAGCCACGGGUUCCCGUGCGCGAAGCGCGGCUGCUCGAAGCGCUGCAACUCGUGGGACGGCGUGACGGUCAUCUGCCCCGGGUGCGGACCCUUCUCGGAGAUCCGGUACUGUCGGCGCGAGCACCUGCUGCAGGACAUCAAGGCACACUGGCCCACAUGCGGCGAGCAUGUCUUCGUGCACCCGUGCCGUGAGAGCACGAUCCCGCGCGACGUGCGUGAAGGCCCGCCUAUGAUCCCGUGUCUGCACAAUUACGAUAUGCCCGAGCGUCACCGUCAGGCCGUCCACCUCGCCAUGAAUGCGCGCCAGGGCGAUUACUUCAUCUUCUCCGACUGGGCGGACUACGUGCGCGCCGGGUUUCCCGAGAAUAUGACUGCCAUACGCUGCUCGAACCGGAUCGUGUAUACCGUGCGUUUUGAUGAUGCUGAGGAGAAGGAUCGCUUUCGCCGCGUGUUGGCUAUUUGUUUGUUUGCAACCUUGGAGGUUCACGGUCUAGUGGACUACAUGUACCGUCUUAUCCGUGACAAGCUCCGUGCGGCGAACACGUCCAACUUGAAGCAGCUCGAGGCCGCCCUCCGGUACCAGGUCCAUGCGGAGACGAGCGUGACCAUCCAGCAGCACAUCACCGGCGAGCGUCACGCGUGUGAGACCGAUUGGGACGGCCGCAACCGCCGCAACUGCCCCGAUGCCGUGUGUCGCGCCGAGUACCGUCGUCUGCUGGGUUCGUUGGGCGGAGGCGGUCUAAAGGAGACGGUGAGAAAUCUGGAGUCGACUUACUGGAUCCUGCGCGCGGCCCGCACGACUCAUCCGACGGUUCACGAUCCGCAGAAGCGCAUGCUCGGCGAGGGAUUUGAGGGGGUGGCGGACGAGGACAAGAGGGUGUAUCGGCGGGGUGAUGGAUGGGAUGGCGCCGGCACCGGUUUCAUGGAGAUCGAAGGAAUCAAUGAAGGCCCUGAAGAAGCAUGAUUUAACUUCUCAAGAGAGCUUUGCUCGAAUCACAAGAUCCAGAUCUCUUUGUUUUCGACACUUUGAUAUGUGCAUUUGUUGCUGGGUUGUUAGCCUUUUCCUUUUCUAUGUUUGCGGAGUGUGGUCGUAUGGUUUGGGUGGGAAUUGGGAAAAGGUCUGAGCGAGAGCGUUCUUUUUCUCAAUCAGUUCUCCAGCUAAUUGGAGGCAAGAUCAUGUAACAACAAAGAUAGCAAAUUGUAAAUCUAAUCAAUUUUCCCCAGCCCAGUCUCCGAGAUGUGAAGUCUAUAUAAUCGUAAAAUCGUUGUUGAAACCAUUCAAUUAUCAGCUAGAUCAUGUACAACCACAUGAUCGAAGAUCUAGCCACCUCAAUUACU